CAUCAAUUUGCAUCUGGAAAACAACCAUUCACCACCUUUUUGUCUUUGGUUUCAUCUUUCUUUCCCCAUCGCAUGUCAUCUCUCUCUUUUAACUCCCUCAUAAUCGCCAUCGCCUGGCCUGGAUAAUCGUCUGGAUUCAUUCAUAUUUAUAAUUUAUCCCGGGCCAUGGCUGAAAAGGCAACCAAUGGUUCACCCACUGGUAAUCCAAUUUCCCAACCGCAGAAUCUAUCGGAUCCGAACCUAGUAACAUGGGACGGUCCGGACGACCCAGAGAACCCCAAAAAUUGGCCGCAGAGUCGAAAAUGGACGACUAUUCUGCCCAUGUCCUUGUUUAACUUCCUCUCCUCGAUCAGUUCCGCUACCAUGGCUCCGGCAUUGACUGCUAUUCAAAAAGAUCUCAACUUUUUCUCAAGCCUUCUGGCGAUGUUGUCUCUGUCGACAUUCUUAUUAGGAACGACUUUCAUUCCUUUAUUCACAGCUCCCCUGUCAGAGGUUUUCGGUCGGUCUUUGAUUCUUCAGUCGGUGAAUAUCUUUUAUAUCGUCUUUAAUACACUCUGUGGGGUGUCGCGGACUCCGACUCAGCUUAUUGUCUUUCGCUUCUUUGCGGGUUUGGGUGGAGCAGGGCCUUUUGCAAUCGGCAGUGAUAUCAAUGCCGACUUAUUUACACCUCGUGAACGAGGCCAAGCUCUUGCGGUUUACACGUUGGCCCCCCUCGCCGGAGUAGCGAUUGGUCCGAUAACAGGCGGCUUCCUCGUUCAAUACACAUCGUGGCGCUGGUGCUUCUAUGUCGUGUCAAUUGCCGGCGGUGCCAUCCAGAUAUUCUGUCUCCCAUUUUUCCGAGAGACCUAUGCGCCUAUUCUUCUUCAAAAGCGCUGCAGACGACUCCGGAAGAGCACUGGGAAUCUCAACCUCUAUACCGAACACGAUACAAUUUCGCUUGCAAAGCUCCUUAGCACUAGUAUUGUUAGACCUUUUAAACUGCUCGCUAUCCAGCCCGUGGUGCAAGUGUGGAGUUUAUACUGCACAUACCUCUACGGGAUUCUGUAUCUCCUGAUUGCGAGUUUUCCGGACGUCUGGUCGGACGUCUACGGCGAGUCUGUGUCCAUUGGAUCACUUAAUUAUAUUUCCAUGUUUAUUGGAAUGGGGAUUGCUUCUCAGAUCGGAACACGACUCGCCGACCGCUAUUAUAGGAAACUUUGUAAUAGGAAUGGGGGACAAGGACUUCCAGAGUUCCGUCUACCUGUGCUUAUUUUGGGGGCGUUCAUUGUACCGGUCGGGUUAUUUUGGUAUGGCUGGAGUGCAAGAAAUAUCGGCGCGGCAAUAUACAGUGCCGGGACUAUCCUUGAAAUUCUUUGUGUCAUGGGCUACAUCAUUGACACUUAUCAAAAAUUCGCCGCAAGCGCCAUGGCCGCCAUCAUUGUCCUACGGAGUAUUCUUGCUUUUGCCCUACCUUUGGCCGCGCCUAGCCUUUACGGCAAUCUAGGAAACGGAUGGGGCAAUACGCUUCUUGCCUUGAUAGCAACAUUUAUCGGCAUACCUUGUACUAUUUUACUUAGAUACUACGGUCCGGCUCUCAGAAAACGGAGCCCUUAUGCCAGGGACGACUAA